UCUCCCCGCGCGCCUCUACGCGUGUUACCACUACUCUUCCUCGCGGCUGGACUCUAUAAUCCACUGGAUCGUCAGACGCUGACCGGUUUUGAUCUUUACCGUGUACUGAUCGUGUUAUAAGCGUUUGUCCGACUAUCGCGAGCGUUAAAAAUCGAAAUUUUCAUUUUAAUUCGUCAUCCGAAUUUAACGAGUCUUGACAUUGCCGCGACUGGCCGAUCAUGCGGCUCCAAUUGGGUUAUUUACUAUGUCUCUCGAUUGCAGUAGGUUUUAUAAAAGAAGGUAUUUGCGCUGUGACGCAAACUCCUGCACGAACGAAUACCUCUCGUAGCAAUCCUCAAAUUGAAGAUGACGAUGAUUUUGUGCCUUAUCAGGGCGAACGUUUUACUGUAUUUGAUUGGGCAUUAUUUAGGAGCCUGGCCAAAGCAAACGGAGGGAAUGUUUUACUGUCGCCGAUAUCCGUAAAACUAGCACUAGUGCUUCUUUACGAAGGAGCUCAGGAUCAAACCGCGCAUGAACUUGCCGGAGUCAUGCAACUUCCAGUUAGUCUAUUAGCCACUCGAGAGAAUUUUAAUAAUAUUCUAAGAUCUUUGCAGACUCCAUCUUCUGCGUAUACUUUAAAUUUAGGUUCCCGCAUUUACAUUGACGACAACGUGCUCACUAGACAACGCUAUUCAGCGACAGUGAAAACCUUUUACAAUACUGAUGUGAUCAACACGAAUUUGUCUGACACGCACGCGAUCGCAGCUAAAGUUAAUUCUUGGGUCAAUAAUAUUACAAAUGGACACAUCGAAAAGAUGAUUGAUGACGAAAAAGGUUUGGAGGACUCGGUGAUGCUAAUCGUGAAUGGAUUAUUCUUCAAAGGUGCUUGGCGCCGCAGAUACUUCGCACCCGAACAUACGCGAGUUUCUAAAUUUUAUAUCAACGUUAAUGAGAGUGUAAAUGUACCGUAUAUGCACACUGUAGGCCGGUUCUUCUAUGCCGAAUCAUCCAGGCUUGAUGCGAAAAUUCUGCGGAUUCCGUACGACGGCUUCAAAUUCGCUAUGUACUUUAUACUGCCGCACACGCUAACAGGCGUAGAUCAUAUCAUCAAUGAGAUUAAUCCAUUUAUAUUGGCGAGAGAUAUGUGGGCCAUGCAGGAAUUGCCUCUUGACGUUUGGAUCCCGAAGUUCAAGUUCGAAUUUACGAGCCACCUGGAAAAUACUUUACGCGAGCUUGGUAUUCGUGAUAUCUUUGAUGAUACUGCGCUGCUGACGGGUAUAGCAAAAACCAGACGAGCUUCUCGGCAUCUGCGGGUAUCCGAUGUAAUGCAUAAGACUGGAAUAGAGGUGAAUGAAAAUGGGACAACAGCUUACGCUGCAACAGAGAUACAAAUCGGAAAUAAGAUAGAAGAGGGCACGUUCCAAGCUAAUCAUCCGUUCGUGUUUUACAUCGAGGACGAGACCACCGGUACGAUCCUUUACGUAGGCAAAGUUCUGAAUCCUUUGAAUAGAUCCGGGACUACAGGAAAAGUGCGACAAGAAUUCCCGUCACGAAUUAACGUAGAGACAACGACAACUCCUAAUUCUGCUGUUCCUGCUGCGAUCAGUACUGAUGACCGAUACGCCUUCUUCAAUAUCGAUCUUCUACAGAGAGUAAAUGAGAUCGUCGAGGGUAAUCUGAUACUGUCCCCUGCCAGUGCGAAAAUCGCCCUUACGAGUCUGGUGGAAGGCACGGCUGGUCGGACACGACAAGAGCUUCUUGCGGUUUUGAGAUUACCACCAGAAGAAUACGUCAUCAGAGGAGUAGCGAGUCGCACACUUACAUCUCUAAAAAACCAUCAAAAUGGCACGGAGAUCGACGUGGCAACUCGCUUGUGGAUCAAUCCAUCUCUCAUGGCAUCCACGAAUUAUAUGACCGCCUUGCGUAAUUAUUACGGGACUGAUAUCCAGCAGUUGAAUUUCGGGAAUGCAAAUGCGGCUGACAUCAUCAAUGCUUGGGUCCGCAAACACACACGGAACAAUAUCCAAUCAAUCGUCCAGCCUGCCUCACUUGCCGCCGAGACCCAAAUUCUCUUAACUUCGGCCUUGUAUUUCAAAGGACGAUGGUUGAAAUCCUUCGAUAAGGGUGCUACGCGUGUACGGUGUUUCCAUGUUUCUGGUGGCUGUCAAGACAUUCCUAUGAUGGAGAACACUUCUAAGUACCGAUGUGGCUAUAUAGCUUCUCUUGAUGCUGAUGUAGUGGAAAUCCCAUACUCGAAUGGUAGGACAUCUAUGCUGAUAUUCCUUCCUUCUCAUGAAGAAAAUGAUCCGUAUCUCCAGAUUCUUUCAAAGGAUUUGUCAUAUGUACCGAUGAAAACGUUACUAGCUAGUCUCAAUGAAACUGAACUGCUGCUUGUUAUUCCACGAUUUAGUAUCGAAAGCAAAUUAAAUUUGUAUCCUGCCUUACUACACAUGGGUAUACAGGAUAUUUUCAGUCCAACAGCAAAUUUCACCGGAAUCGUACACAAUGACUAUUUGCGAGUGGGAAGUAUAAUUCAAAAUGCUAAAAUAGAAGUUGACGAGGAGGGAACCAUCGCUGCUGCGGUGACAGAACUCGCCAUUGUACCACUCAUGGGUGGCAUGUUGCCAUCUUUUAGAGCAAACAGACCGUUCAUUUUUGUCAUCGUUGAUCUAGCAACAAGUGAGACUCUCUUUGCUGGUCGUUUUCUAGGUCCUAAUAUGGGCAAUUCCAGAAGUUCUAUUCAGAAAUAAGCUUAACAUUCAUCUAUAAUCGUUUUUUUUUAAUUGAAAGAUGCUUAAAAGAUUAUAUAUAUAGUAAUAUUGCCUUCUACAACAGAAAUAAUGUUUGCCAUUGCAACUGCAAAAUGAUUGUUUACUCUUUUAUAUCUAAAUAAAUAAUAAAUUAAAA